AUGAAGCGUAACGAGGGAGAACCGAAGCGUAAAGAGGAGUUCGACAUCGAUAUUGACGCGCUGCUGGCGGCGGCGAGCGACGACGACGAGCUGGAUGACGUGGACGAUCUCGAGGAGGGCCUGUGGGGCGGACGCAGCCUGGAGGAGAUCCUGAAUGACGUGUCAGAUGACGAUGAUGACGUGGCAGGAGCUGGUGACGAAAACUUGGAAAAUACACCCAAGUUGAGCGUUUCUGUUCAUGAUACGACAGGUGCACCAGCAGUUCUGCCUUCUAACGGGGAUAACAUUCGUUCUCUGACUAAGACGGAGGGGUGGCAGUUAGUGGAUCAACCCAGCAACAGCAACAGCAGCAGCUACCACUUACACACAUGCCAGGAGGGGGAGGAGGAGGAGGAGGAGGAGGAGGAGGAGGAGGAGGAGGAGGAGGAGGAGGAGGAGGAGGAGGAGGAGGAGGAGGAGGAGGAGACGAAGCACAAGGAGAGGUAG